AUGGCGUUGAGGCGCGGCAAGGAUCGCGUCUCGGUCACAGGCUCUGAAGAACUUCAGCUAUGGUAUGCGGUACGACAGAACCUGCGCACGCUCGAAAAGAUCCGCAUCGCUUCCGUCGACAAGGCAGCAACGGCCGAAAGUCUGCGAACCGACAUCGUCUCUCUGCUUGAAAAGGGAGAAAAGGGCGACGAAUACCGUACCAAAAGACGCAAGCUCGACGAUGCAUGCCACGAUCUCACCAGUCGAACCAAGGACGAACUUGCUGCUAUCGAGUCGGCGCAGGAAAGGCUCGGUAUUCUAGUAGCGCUCCGCAGCUCAGCCGAUGGCGGUGGAUCACGCAGCUCUACUCCACGCAAAGAUCUCGCAUCAAAAGUCAAGUCUGGCAACGCCAGCACACCUACACCAUCAGGCAGACGAUCCAACGUUCCCCUUGGCCCUUCGAGCCUUGGCUCUUCUUCUGGCUCAGGUUCUGCAACAAACAGAGGGAGACGAGAGACGCUCUCCGCUCAACAUCCGCUCAGUCAGGGUCGCAAAGUUGCUGUGCUUCCCAGCAAGACCAACGAAGAAUCCGACUGGCUCAAAGCAUCCGUGCUCUCUUUUGCCAAAUCGGCCAACGAAUACACUGUACAAGACGAUGACGAACCAGGUCCUGAAGGCACGUAUAAAGUGGGCAUGGACAACAUCAUCCCGCUGCCCAUCAGCUUGCAGACCAUGCCCGCGUCAGAUUAUCCGCCAGGAUCGCGUGUGCUCGGAAUGUACCCCGACACGAGUUGCUUCUACGGCGCUACCGUCAAAUCGGGCGGUCCAGGCCUGACAAGGAAUGCCAACCUCGCAAAGCUCAUCAAGAAGGAGGCCGAACUGCUCGAAGCCAAGUACAACCUCGAGUUUGAUGAUGACAAUGGCGAAAUUCGGCAGGUACCCGCUUGGCUCGUCGUUCAAAGUGCCGGUAUGUAA